UGCCAUGUGAUGUCUCUCAAUCUCUCGCUCCUCUUUCAAUCCUCUCAUUCUCAUUCACUCCGGCUUUCUCAUCUCCUCCCCAAACUCACCAUGCUCCGCUUGGCCACCGUCGCACGGCGUACAGCCAUCUCCUCUGCCUAUGCUCGCAACCUUCACGCGUCGGCUGCCGUGGCCGCCCUCGAGAAGUUUAAGAUGCCCGCCAUGUCGCCAACCAUGACCGAAGGCGGCAUCGCGGCCUGGAAGAAGAAGGAGGGCGAGACCUUCGCUGCCGGCGACGUGCUUCUUGAGAUUGAGACGGACAAGGCUACAAUCGAUGUCGAGGCGCAGGACGAUGGUGUGCUGGCCAAGAUUCUUAAGCAGGACGGCUCCAAGGGCAUCCAGGUCGGAAGCACUAUCGCUAUCAUUGCUGAGGAAGGCGACGACCUCUCAGGGGCAGACAAGCUGGCGAGCGAGGGCGACGACGCCGCACCUGCCAUUCCGCACGAGGACGACGCACCCGCCUCCAAGAAGGACGAGGCGAAGAAGGAGGAGGCGCCGAAGAAGGACGUUCCAGAGGACAAGCCUGUUGCCAAGGGCGACGCCCAGGUCAGCCAAGGCACCCCGGUCAAGGCUCCCCAGGGCGCCGACAAGCCCAAGUUCUUCGCGACCCCCAUCGCUCGCAAGAUUGCGCUUGAGAAGGGCAUUCCAUUGGGCCAGGUCAAGGGUACCGGCCCGGACGGCCUUAUCCAGAAGUCCGACGUUGAGGGCUACAAGGGUGCUGCCGCCCCAGCGGCUGCUGCUCCUGCCGCGGCUUCAGCUGCCCCCGCAGCUGCCGAGUUUGACGAGGUGCCCGUCUCCAACAUGCGGAGGGUUAUCGGCCAACGCCUGACCGAGAGCAAGCAGCAGGUGCCUCACUACUACGUCACCGUGGAGAUCAACAUGGACCGUCUACUUAAGCUUCGCCAGGUGUUCAACAAGGCGAGCGAGGGCAAGUCAAGGCUCUCGGUUAACGACUUUAUCGUCAAGGCGUCGGCCCUUGCUCUCGGCGACGUGCCAGAGGCGAACUCGGCAUGGCUGGGAGAGACUAUCCGGACUUACAAGAAGGCCGACAUCUCCGUCGCCGUGGCCACCCCCACGGGUCUGAUCACCCCCAUCGUCAAGGACGCCGGGUCCAAGGGCCUCGCGACCAUCAGCGCCGAGACCAAGGCAUUGGCCACCAAGGCGCGCGACGGCAAGCUCAAGCCUGAAGAGUACCAGGGCGGCUCGUUCACCAUUUCCAACCUCGGCAUGUACGGUGUCUCUCACUUUACGGCCAUCAUCAACCCCCCGCAAUCGUGCAUCCUUGCUGUUGGCGCGACGACGCAGAAGCUCGUACCAGCGCCUGAGGAGGAGAAGGGGUUCAAGGUCGUCAAUGUUAUGAACGUCACGCUGUCGAGCGACCACCGGACCGUCGACGGCGCCGUCGCAUCCCGCUGGCUUAACGCGUUCAAGGGGUACAUGGAGCAGCCGCUUACGUUCAUGCUCUAGGAUCUCGGCUCGCGGUGGGGGUGUUAGAUACCUCGGUGAUGCAGAUGUGACAUGG